AAGAGGAGGGGCGGGGACGGGGAAACAGCUGUUGAGGGAGUUCACAAAGACGAGGUGCUUAGUUGUUUUUGAUUUGCAAACCGCAGAUUGUCUCUCCGGGGAAGCUGGUUGCUGGAGGAAGGGAGGGCAAAGGCGUUACCAGGAAAAAAAAAAAAAAAAGCGCACGGAGCGACGAGAGUGGAAGUGACCAACGGAGCGAUGUUUGGCAUGAUCAGAAAUUCGCUCUUUGGGAAUUCAGAGGAGACCGAGUACAAAGUGCUCAGCAGCGAGACUAAGAACGGAGUGGGCUUUGAGGUGAGACGGUACGAUGCGGCAAAGUACGCUGCCGUCUACUCAGAAGGAAGGACCUAUGAGCAAGUAAUUGGGGAGCUGGUCCGGAAACUGCUGACGUACAUCGGUGGAAACAAUGAGCAAGGUGAGGCCAUGGGCAUCGCAUUUCCCAUCAUCAUCACGGUGUACCCGCGGAACGAUGGCGUUUUCUCCCGACGUCUGGCGGUGGGCAUCCGGAUCCCCAACGCCUACCAGCAAGACCCCCCAGCUCCCACCGACAGCGCCAUCGUGGUGGAGGAGCGGCCCGGCAUGACUGUAUACACGCUACAGUUUGGCGGCUUCGCCGGGGAGAGCGAGUAUCGGGCCGAGGCCUCCCGCCUGACGCGCGCCCUGGGCGAGACCACGCCCUUUCAGCGCAAGCAGUACUUCUGCUGCAGCUACGACCCUCCGCUCAAGCCUUACGGACGUAGAAAUGAAGUUUGGUUUCUACAGGAGGACCCGUGAAAGCCCACUCAGUCCCAUCUGAUGCUUAGUCCUCCGAAAAAGGAAAAAAUGUAAUCUUCACCUACAGCUGUAAACAGAGAAUGGGCUCAAAAUGAAGCUGGAAGAAGCGAGACGUUCUGUAUCUACGCUUCCUACACUAAAAAAAACCAAACGGUAUUUACCAUAAGAAUGACCAAAAGAAAGGAAAGACAAAAAUAUUGGAAACUAAAUUAGCUUCCACUAACAUACAUAUAGUUUGAGACUUGUAUUUGUUUUUUGAAGGUGAUAAAUCCCAACAGAGUUCCCAUGUCUUUGAGUACUAAUUUGCACAUCUUUAAAUGACAGUAACAACUAGAAACAUAAAGAAAAGUGGUUGCCAAAGCAAGCUUCUUCUAUCUGAAUAAGAUACUGUAAAGUUAAACCAUUAAGUGGAAUUAAACAUUUUGAAUCAGACGAAUGGCAGCUGUGAGGAGACCUUUGGUUGUUUGAGCCACAAUACUUUGUCUAAAAAUAUUCCGUGUUUUCAGUGGCGAGUUUUGUGUUUUAGUGCAUGAGAUAUAAGCUAAUUUUUACUUCGUGAAACUCUACUGUUUUGUGAUCCAUCUGUACAUGUAGGCCGGGGUUUAGUGGUCGAUGUUAAUUUCAUUUUUAAGGCUUGAAAGUGUUUUAU